CUGAGGAGGUCUUUUUGGCAAAGCAAGAGGCAAACGGUGCUCGCUGAAAGGGCAGCCUUGUCUCCAGCGUCUUGUAGUCUGUUUGGGGCCUCCGCACAAACACCACAGGUGUCCGCCUCGCUCCCUCCUUCCCUUUUUCUUUCCCUCCUUCCUCCUUUCUCUCUCCCGCCUUCUCUGCGCGUCCCGUCGGGGCUGCAGGAGCCGCAGGGGGAAAAGCCGGCCGGAGGCGGACUUGGAGCUGGAAAGAUGGCCGAGAAGGAGCUGGAAAAGGUGCCCAUCGCCACCUCCUCCGGGACGGAAGACGUGGAGCAAGCCAGGCCCCCUGCAUAUUCAACAGUGAUAGCAAAGCCCUCUAGCACAGGACGGCUUCUUAGGAUUGGGGCUAUCGUGCUCAUUGGAGGUGCCAUCCUAAUCCUCUUUGGAGCUAUCGGAGCCUUUUACUAUUGGAAGGUGAAUGACAAAGAGGUUUAUAAUGUCCACUACACAAUGAGUAUUAAUGGGAAUGUGCAGGAAGGAUUGAUGGAAAUAGAUGCUGGGAACAACCUGGAGACCUUUAAAACUGGAAGCGGUGGGGAAGAAGCUAUUGAAGUUCAUGAUUUUCAGAUUGGCAUCACUGGAAUCCGUUUUGCUGGAGGAGAGAGAUGCUACAUUAAAGCCCAAGCUAAAGCUCGCCUCCCUGAAGUCAACGCAAUGACAAAGGAGAGCCUUUCUUUUGAUCUGGAAGAUGAAAUCAUGCCAGCUAAAUUUGAUGAAAACUCCCUUGUUUGGGUUGCUACCGAUCAGCCUAUAAAGAAUAACAACUUCCUGAGUCCCAAGAUUUUAGAGCUCUGUGGAGAUCUGCAGAUUUUCUGGCUUCAACCAUCCUAUCCAAAAGGGCAAAGGAGAAAGAGAGGGGCUACCAGGAAAGCACGCCAGACUCAGUCAAACUUUGACAUGGACCAGUUUGAAGCUGCUGCGGAAGAACGCAAUACGCGGCCACGUGCCAACCAGCGGGCUCAGCCACGUGGGCGUCCAGUUAAUGCUACCCAACCUCCUGUGCAUGACAACAGGCCACCCUUUAACCCAGAUAAUCCCUAUCAUCAGUUAGAAGGCAGUGAAGGGAUGAGCUUUGACCCUCGUCUGGAUCAUGAAGGCAUCUGCUGCAUCGAAUGUAGACGGAGCUACACACAUUGCGAGAGGAUCUGUGAACCUCUUCUGGGCUAUUACCCCUGGCCUUAUAACUACCAAGGAUGCCGCUCUGCUUGCCGACUUAUUAUGCCUUGCAGUUGGUGGGUUGCCCGCAUCUUGGGUAUUGUAUAAAGUUGCAUGGAGUGCAUGGAGUCCUGGACUUUGAAAAAGUGAGCAUAUACAGACAGUCCUCAAGUUACUGUAGUAAUUUUUGCUGUCUGUGCCUCUGUUCAAAAGAUUUCACCUCACUUUCUGUUCUUAUCAUAAUUGGAUUUUGAAAAUUUUGGCUUGUUUUGGAAACAAGGAUUGGUGAUUAAAAAAACAUCAGUUGGGAUACCUUUCCCCCCUGAUAACUCUUUCAGGCGUGAAUCUCCUUCCUAGGGGUACGUUUCUCUCACUUCUCAUUGUCUCACUCCUGUUCUUAACUAUGAGUUGUUUGUGGACUGCCUGCACUUAAAAGCCUUUCGCCAUGCAUCUGUGUAUAUGCUAAAGUUUUUUUAAAAUGACAUCUGCUGUUGUAGAUGUAAAUAACAUUAAAGCUUCAAAUUAAUAUUUAAUUCAUUUUACAAUGAAUUGUAUUGUAAAACCAUACCUUAGUGAAAAUUAAGAACAAUCUAUGAUUAAGAUUUGUCAUCAUAGAAGUUCCUUUACAUCACCUCUCGGUGUACCAAAAGAGUUCCUUUAGAAAUUGAAAUUGAAAGCUCCUCUUGUUUACCCAGUCCUUGUGUUAUUAUAUAGAUGUGAAAAUUUGUCCAGUUAGAUUAUUAGCUAGACCUUUUGGGAGUACCUUUCAACCGUGUAGAACUUGACAAAUAAAUCAUAAGUGAAGCUGC